CAGAUGAAAUACUUCUGAAAUAUUUCUGAAAUGUUUUCGUGCUGUAUGGGAGGAUAUAUCGAUAUAUCGGUGCAGUCAUCUGUUCGGACGGAUCCGCGCACCGUCCCCAUGACGAAAAGCGCACGCAAACAAUCCCGAUCGCAAUCGAGAACAGUCUUAUCAGUGCGAGCUGCGAGCAGCGACAUGCCAGAAACAGCUACCCUGUCGAAACAGACCCCGGGUUCGCGACCCACGGCCGUCACCAGGGUGGAGACCAAGCUGCCCCGAUGCGUGCAACGUAGAUUGCCGUGCGCCCCGGUGCCCGUAAGAUGCCAUCCGCGACCGAGUCCGUACAGAUGCGCCGAUCAUCGCGUAUCCAAGAGGCCGUACAGACUGCCGGCCGGGCUGUCGGUGAUCAAUCAGGCCGGUCGCGGGACUCCAAUAUCGAUUUCCAAGAACUGCUCCGAUAGAUGCCCGUCCGGUUUCUUGGCUAUCGGUACUCCCCGUUGCAAAAAGAGCGUGUCGAUGAUGGACCUGUCUCUGCCCGCUGCCGAUCCCAACAUCGGUGAUCUCAAGUCAGAAAGCGGUUCCACUGCUAGUCGUUGCGACGAGAUCGCCGACAGACCCAAGGAUCUCUUGGCGAAUGUUGGAAGCGCUUAUUGCAGUGGUAGAUCAUGGACGGACGCUACGCCGUCCUCGGAAUCCGAAGUCAGUUCAGCGGAAGAUCCCACGGUCAAGGCAGCGAACGUGGUGUGUCAUAUGCUGGUUCUGAACGCCUGGCGACGUAGACGCGCGGAGAUCAGACAGCUCGAGCAACAGGUGGAGCACCUGCAUCUGCAGAUCGAAUUUUUGCGCCGAUUGCUGAUCGCCGAAAACGACCGGGUCGGCAGACUGAACAGCGAGCUGCAUCGCGAAAAAUCGCAGCUGGAGGAAGCGACGCACGAACGCGACGUCCUCAAAUCGGAGAAAGAAAAAUUGGAAGCCGAUUUGAAGCGCGUUGAGGAGAUCUCCCAGGAGCGAUCGGUUACGGUGGGAAACUUGAAGAACGAGCUUUCGACCGCUCAGGAUCAACUGAAGGCACUCGACGCACAAAUGGCAAAAGAUCGAGAGAAACUUUUGAAAUUACGGGAAGACAAGAAGAUUCUCUUGGAUAAGGUAUCGGGCAGCGAGGCACUGGCAGCAGAACGUGGUGCUAGAGCGGAGAAAGCGGAAUCUACCGUCGAGGGGUUGCAGCUGCGAUUAGCGACACAGGUAGCACUCUUCGAAUCCACGCAGGAACAACUGCAGCGCACUUCCCGGGAAUUGCAAGCCACCGAGGCGGAAAAGCACAGAUUGGAGAAACGUUUGAAAGCCAGUGAGGGUAACGCGAGAGCUUUGAGCUUACGCGCGGUUUUCCUGGAGAAUCAGUUGGCUGAUCGGGAAGCUAAACUUCGACGCAUCGAAUCGGAAUAUAACUCGCAAAUGACGGAAUUAAGCGAAUUAAGGGAGCGACUUCUGCGACAGUCUCAGGAGAGUGGCUGGAGUGGCCGGAUGUUGCAGAUUGCUGGGAACAUUAUGCGCGCAUCAAUUCUACGGACUUUCGCAUUUCUGUCUAGCGCAGCGCUGCCAUUGCCGCCGUAGAUGAAUAUUCUUUGACAGCUCGUAUAUUUCCAUCACAAGGAGCUUAAGCGCAAGAAUUUUCUGAAAGUGUAAGCGGGCUUUAAUUGAAGGAAAAGGCCUGAAGGUAAAUGGCUUCGGGAGCGAAAGGGAGAACUUACGGUCGAGAGUAGCAGUUCGGAGAAAGAAAGGAGAAUGGCGAGGACGGACGUUCGCAGAGGAGCACGGAAAUUGACAAGCACUAAGCUGCAUUUCGUACGACGUUUAAAUAUCUUUUUUUUUCGAGUCAAUAUUUAAUUUUCGAGUAGUAAAAAUUUUAUAUAUACACCUGACAAAAAGUUAAGCCACCACAAGGAUAAAUCGAAUGAUUUUAUUGUGUCGUGUGAUAUUGCAAUUUGUAAAGGAAAUUUUUCUUUUUUGUAAAAUUAGUGGAGGCAAGGAAAAAUGUAACAGGAUUUUGUUGAAUAAAUCUGGAUUACAUGCC